GGGCAGGGAAGGAGGGAAAGAGGGAGGGAAGAAGGAGGUGGCGGCGGCCGCCCGGCGCUUUCGCCGCUUGCCGCCUCGCCGCUGCCAUGGCUCCGCUGCGCUCCGGCCCGGCCUGGUGGCGCCUCCUGUCCUGGGCCGCUCUCGGCCCCGUCCUCUGCGGCGUGCCGGGGCGAGCCGAGCCGGAGCCGGGCAAGGAGCCGGAGCCGGACCCGCACGGGCGGCACCUUUACAGCGCCGAGAUGCUGCGGCACGGCGCCGCCGCCGCCCCGCACUUCGUCAUGUUCUUCGCCCCGUGGUGUGGACAUUGCCAGCGUCUGCAGCCAACUUGGAACGAUUUGGGAGAUAAAUACAACAACAUGGAAAACCCCCAGGUCUAUGUUGUUAAAGUGGAUUGUACCACAGAUGCUCCACUGUGCUCUGAAUUUGGUGUCCGAGGAUACCCUACUUUAAAGCUGCUUAAACCAGGACAAGAACCUCUGAAAUACCAAGGCCCUAGAGACCUCCAGGCACUGGAAAACUGGAUGUUGGAGAAACUAAAUGAGGAACCAUCUGAUCCAGAAGCUGCUGCGGAACCACCCAAAGCCCCUGAACCUAAGCAGGGAAUGUAUGAACUCUCAGCAGACAAUUUCAAGGUGCACAUAGCAGAAGGUAAUCACUUCAUCAAAUUCUUUGCUCCUUGGUGUGGUCAUUGCAAGGCUUUGGCCCCAACCUGGGAGCAGCUGGCUCAAGCCUUUGAACAUUCAGAAAGUGUAAAAAUUGGCAAGGUUGACUGUACCCAGCAUUAUGAGGUCUGCUCUGACAACCAAGUUCGUGGCUAUCCCACACUCCUCUGGUUUAGGAAUGGUGAAAAGGGUGACCAGUACAAAGGGAAGAGGGAUUUUGAUUCCUUAAAGGAGUAUGUGGAUUCCCAACUACAGAGCUCUGGGAAAGAACCACCAGCAAGUAAACCCACAGAAGCCCCACAGCCACCUGCAGAACCACCCCAGGCUGAGCAGGCUGCAGUGCUCUCUCUGUCUGAAAAAAACUUCGAUGCAACCAUUGCUAGGGGAAUCACCUUUAUUAAAUUCUAUGCUCCAUGGUGUGGUCACUGUAAGAACUUGGCUCCAACUUGGGAGAACCUUGCCAAAGAGCAAUUUCCAGGUUUGACUGAUGUCAAAAUAGCAGAAGUAGACUGCACCGUGGAACGUAACGUCUGCAGCAGAUUUUCUGUACGUGGUUAUCCUACGCUUCUCCUCUUCCGAGGUGGAAAAAAAGUCAGUGAACACAACGGAACGAGAGAUCUUGAAUCGCUGCAUAGCUUUGUGUUGCGUCAGGCAAGAGAUGAAUUGUAAUAAAAAUCUGGAUGCUCUAUCCCUGGCUGUCUUUGUACAGUAGUUGAGGGAUUUAAGUAAUUGCUAACUUUUAAAUAGUACGGGGGGGGGGGAGGGUGUUUUUUUUGUUUGUUUUUAGGAAAUUGAAUGUACUAAACAUUGGUAUCUUCCCUCUGUGUGUGUGUUAAAGACAUGCUACCCUACUUGUGAAGGAAAACUAACAUGUAGCUACUGUGCAAACUAAGAAUAUUUUCAGUAUUGGUAGUAUUACUGGAUUUUUACAUUCCUGCAAGGAAGUGUAAAUGGUUUCCUUUGAAACUAAAAUACAUUAAGAAAACCAAAUUAAGGACACCAGUAGAAUAUGUUUGUCUUUGGGUUAGAUUUGGUUAAAAGUAAUCCUUACAAACUGCAAACCAUUGCUAGAAAGGUAAAAACGGCAGCUGUGUUAACUUCUGCCUCUACAAUUGCACUUAUAACCUGUUUGUCUUAAUAUAGCUGCUGGUUAAGAAACAGAGAGUCAUGGGAGAUUGAAAACGCACACACUUUUGGAAGAUACCAGGCCACAAUGAGCUGGUUGUUUCCUGUUAAUCCUCUCAGCAUGGGAGGUCUAGCCAUAAUGAAAGUAAUGGUACUGUAACAUGUGCCUGAACAUUACUGAUGCCAUAGUGUACAUCAGGUGGAUUUUUUGUAGGCUGCUUCUGUCCAGCUCCAGAGGAGUAAGUAUGCUCUACUUAUACAGAGCCAAAGUGAAUAGGUGCUGUUAUAGCUACGCCAUUAAUAUUAAAUGAUCAGUUAGACCUCAGCGCUGAUGACAUGCGUUUCCUACCCUAACCUGAAUUCAGACUUUGUGCUGACCUGCUCCUAAUUCAGAACACUUAGAGAAUAUCAAAUAGUACAAUGUUUAAUUUUUCCACUCAGCGGUUCUGCAGUCAUCUGAAAUAGUUCUCCACUCUUAUUAAGCCUUAACCUUUUUCCAAGCUGUAAGUGUUGAUAAGUUUGAAUGUUAGGCCCAUGCACUCUGUUGCCUUGGAUUAUAAUACGGAUCUAUUCUUUGGUGCAUAAGAUGCUCCAUGUUAGAUGUAACUGAAAGCCAAAGAAUGUACAUUGCAGAUACUGUCAUAACACGGUGACAGCUGCAAACCAAGGACGGAAUUCUGCCAUCCCGUGUGCAUAGAAACUCAUGGAAUGAGUAUGGUACAGGCUAAUUUGACUAAUCUGUCAAAAUGCCAAUUUUUGUCCAUCAUAUGGAGUAGGGAUUUUUUUCCUUUUUUUUUUUUU